AUGCGUUCCUCCAUGAUCCUCCUCGGCCUCGCUGCCGCCGUCUCGGCCCAAGACCUCGGCGCAGCCCUCUCAAAUGUCGGGUCAGCCAUCGACCCAAGCGGCCCUCUCGAGACAGCCUCCCAAGACCUCGAGUCCGUCGCCAGCCAGGUCACCAGCGCCCUGGCCGGCGCAACCUCGGUCGUCGGCGGCGGCGCCUCCAGCGUCCUGGGCGACGCCGGCUCCCUGGUCAGCAGCGUGACAUCCGAUGUCGGCGCCGGCGCCACGGGCGCAGCGGGCGCGGUCUCCAGCCUCGUCUCGGGCGCGUCGGGCGCCGUUGCCUCCGUGACCGGCGGCGCUGGCGGCUCGCGCGUGGGCACCGCCACCGGCGCCCAGGCCACCGCCUCCGGCCGCGCCUCGGGAAGCGCCAGCAACGCCAGCGGCAGCAUCAAGACCCUGACGAGCUCCGCCUCGUCGUCGUCCAGCACCAGCGACUCCUCGAGCGACUCCGACUCGGAGGGCUCGUCCGAGAGCUCCAGCAACCCCGCGCCCAUGAAGACCGCCGCCGUCGGCAUGGGGGCCCUCCUCGGAGGUGCUGCCAUCUUCGCCAACCUGUAG